AUGGAACCAACAGUUGAAUCAAUUAUCCCACCAAAUGUCAUUACAUUAAAGCACUACCGUGAAAGUAAAGAUUUUAAAGACCGUGCUGCUUUUCGUAGAUUUGACAUGAAAAACAGUCAAAUGUGCAAAAGUAAUUCAGAGAUUGCAGCAGUCACAAAAUCACAAACCUUUCCAGAACCAAUGUGUAUGAAUGAAGCACCAUGGAGUACUGAUUUAAAAAUAUUCAAAUUUGUUGGUAAUCAUCCAAAUAGAACUAUGGAUGUUUACUGUUUUGCUAAACCAGUUGCAUGCUUUUUAGACUUCCAAGGUGACAAAGAAAUUGCAGGUACUGUAAAAACUACAUUAACUAAAAAGAAAGGUUCAUCAAAAUCAUCAACAAUUAAAGUUGAAGCCACUGCAUCAGCUGGUGCCAGUAUUAUGGGCUGCGAAGCAAAGUUAAGUGUAACCAGUGGAUAUUCAUACACAAGCUCUCAAAUGGAAGAAACCACUGAAACUUGGGAAGAGACUCUCACUCCAGGUUCAUAUUAUCAAUAUCAAAACAUCAUGCUCUAUGCUUUCAUUUUUAAUGAUGAAACGGAUGAUUUCAAAGAUCUUGAUGCUAGCUGGCAAUUAUCAUCAUGUACUGGUGUUAAGGUAUACUAUGGAAAAGGUACCCAAAGAUAUUUCUUUUUCCCAGUUUAUAGAGAUGAUUGUUUUACCAAACUCUAUAAAGAAGAUUUCUAUUCAACUGUAUCAUUUGAUGAAGUAUCAAAUUAUUUAACAACUGAUGGUGUCAAUAGAUGGUAUUCAGAUGUUAAAUUCCCAUGGUAA